AACGCUAACUUGUAAACCGGUCUUUCGUGUGUAACAGAUAAAGCAACAUGGGCGCGUACAAGUACAUGCAGGAGCUAUGGCGGAAGAAGCAGUCUGAUGUGAUGCGCUUUCUGCUUCGUGUUCGCUGUUGGCAGUAUCGCCAACUCUCGAACCUCCACCGAGCUCCUAGACCAACCAGACCCGACAAGGCUCGCAGGCUUGGAUACAAGGCAAAGCAAGGUUACGUAAUCUAUCGUGUUCGUGUGCGCCGUGGUGGUCGCAAACGCCCUGUCCCCAAGGGUGCCACCUAUGGUAAACCUGUGAACCAUGGAAUCAAUGAGAUCAAGUUUGCCCGCAGUCUGCAGUCUGUGGCUGAGGAGCGUGCUGGCCGUCACUGCGGUGGCCUCAGAGUACUGAACUCCUACUGGGUCGGUGAAGAUGCCACAUACAAGUUCUUUGAGGUGAUCCUCAUUGACCCGUUCCACAAGGCCAUCAGACGCAAUCCCGAUAUCCAGUGGCUCACAAAGCCUGUCCACAAGCACAGAGAGAUGCGUGGGCUUACGUCAGCUGGCAAGAAGAGCCGUGGUCUGGGCAAGGGCCACAAGUUCCACCUUACCAUUGGUGGCUCCCGCCGUGCUUGCUGGAGAAGACGCAACACUCUGCAACUGCGUCGCUAUCGUUAAUCGCUGUAGUGCUUGUGUAUUUCAAGUGCUAAUAAAUAUCUCUUGGAUGGUA